CUUGUUCCUCAGAUACUUAUCUCUCCCCUUUGCCCUCUCGUCCAGUCACACGGUCAUUUAUUCCGGUUCAAAGUCUGAUCAUCUCUUUGCCAGAGGCAACUGGAAACCUGUUUUAGCUCUGUAGAGGGAGGGGGGUGCUCAUGGCACACGGCAAACCUGAAACCUACUGAAAAGUGUAUUUGCUGCCCCACUAAUAUUUCAAACAGCAUCAUGCAAAGGGGCUGGUUUUCUUCAGCUGGCAGGAAAACUCGACUAGAACGCCCGUUUAACAUGAGUUCAAAUGCGGUCGGUUCGUUCUGAACACGGACACGUCCUCGGUUUGUAAAUAUUUGUGAAGCUAUUUGUGAAGUGGACCCACCUUCGGCCAUCCUUUUACAGCCUCCACUUUCAAAGGAAAUAUUGCCUUCUCAUUUGCGAGCAGCUUCUGUUGCUGCCACCUCAGGGGGUGUUGUUCAUCAGUGGAAGGAAGGUGGAGACUUGAAGAAAAGGGGGAGGUUAGGAGCCCGAGAGAGCAGAGAGAGUGAGAGAGAGAGAGAGAGAGAGAGAGAGAGAGAGAGAGAGAGAGAGAGAGAGGAAACCUUGAAUGAGGGAUGAGUGGAGCUCAGCCUGCAAACACACAACAGAGCAGCCUGCAAAGACACCUCAAAUCACAGCCCGCCCGGACUUGAAACCGACCAAAGGUUUGGAAGGAGAAGAAGAGGGAGGCUCGUGUGUGACAAAUGUGCUGUUUGCAUUGCGCACUUGUGCAAGUCACCCCCAGCCACCCCCUGACGCAACAGGUCGGCGCCCAAAGUGCACCACCGCUGACUGAUGUCCGGAGGCUGCUAUCAAAGCCGCGGCCCUUGGGCACCGCGCAGCAGCUCCACUCAUGGGAUGUAGCGCAUGCAGAGUCAGGUUCAACUCAGCCAAGACACUGUCCUUCCUCACCAUGCUCUUGAUCGUCACCUACUUCUUCUACUGUCUCACGGGGAUCUGCCACUCGGCUCCGAGGACGUUUUAUGUGGACGAUGGGCGUCGCAGCCCGGCGGAGCGGCCCGGGAGCGCUUCCCCGGUGGACGCGCAGGCGGUUCAGCCCCGCAGCCUCCUGGAAGACAGCAGCAGUAACAACAUGCCCGUGUCCAACACCUUUGGCAGCAAACGCUUCCCGCAGGCCAUCAUCAUUGGCGUGAAGAAGGGAGGAACCCGCGCCUUGCUCGAAUUCCUCCGGAUCCACCCGGACGUCAGAGCUGUGGGAGCCGAACCCCACUUCUUUGACAGAUUCUACGACAAGGGACUGGAGUGGUACAGGAACUUGAUGCCUCGAACGCUGGAGGGUCAGAUCACCAUGGAGAAGACCCCGAGCUACUUUGUCACAAAGGAGGCGCCGAGCCGCGUCUGCACUCUGAACUGCCAAACCAAACUCAUCGUGGUGGUCCGGGAUCCCGUGACCCGAGCCGUGUCUGACUACACGCAAACUCUUUCCAAGAACCCGGGCCUCCCCUCGUUCCAGAGCCUGGCCCUGAGGAACGCUUCAACGGGCCCGAUUGACACCUCGUGGAGCGCCGUUCGCAUCGGCCUCUACGCCAAACAUCUGGAGAACUGGCUUCAGCACUUCCCCCUGUCACAAUUUCUUUUUGUUUGUGGCGAGCGGUUAGUGUCUGAUCCCGCUGGCGAGAUGGCUCGGGUUCAGGACUUCUUGGGCCUGAAGAGGGUUGUUUCCGACAAGCACUUCUACUUCAAUCAGACCAAAGGUUUCCCUUGCUUGAAGAAACCCGAGGGGAGCAGCAGGCCUCGCUGUUUGGGCAAGUCAAAGGGGAGGCCGCAUCCCCACAUUCCCAGUGCCGUCCUGCAGAAACUCAGAGAUUUCUACAGACCCUAUAACCGACGCUUCUACCAGAUGAGCGGGCAAGAUUUUGGAUGGGACUGACAGCGGGACAGUAGCCCAGACAAAAAAAAAAACUGAUUCUGACUUUGUCUCAGGAACCGGAUGUGAUGCAGCAUCUUCCAAGUGAACCUCCUUCAGGGUAUCCAGGAUCACAUGAAAAUGGAAUCAAGUUUCUCCCAAGCAGCCAGUUUUAAAUACAUACAUACAUACAUACAUACAUACAUACAUACAUACAUACAUACAUACAUACAUACAUACAUACAUACAUACAUACAUACAUACAUACAUACAUACAUACAUACAUACAUACAUACAUACAUACAUACAUACAUACAUACAUACAUACAUACAUACAUACAUACAUACGUACAUACAUCAUACGUACAUACGUACAUACGUACAUACGUACAUACGUACAUACGUACAUACGUACAUACGUACAUACGUACAUACGUACAUACGUACAUACAUAAACAAACAAACAAACAAACAUGAUUGAAUGAACGAACAAAUGAAUGAAUCACACAAGUACGAUUAUGAAAUUCAAUGAUAAAUAGUCUCAGACAAUGUGGUCUGGCUUCAACAGAACAUAGUGCUAAGCUAGCAUUAGCACUGUGAUAACAAAAUGAAAAUACAAUUGCUUAUCUUCCUUACGAAUGGACAGGAGCAAACAAUACGGAUCGAACAAUUGAACCAAAUCAAGAACUAAUACCUGCACGGAGCUUCAAGCAAGCAUUGAGCACAAGAACAAAAGAGAUUUCACGAAAACGGUGGAAACAACCGCCAUGACGUGCGACUGCUUUGCUGUCGCGUAAAAGCCGCCGAUGCCGCUGAACUACAGUGCUGCCUUUGCUCGUUUAAUGAACCAAAGGGAGAAAAUUGCCUCCAAGUCUAUUUUGGACUUUAAUAAGCUGAUAUUUAUAGUUGAUGUUGAUUUACUGAUAACUGAAAGAUUUUUUAUGUAUUUAUGACACAUCGAGACGUGAAAAAAAUGCCUUACUGACAUUUCCGUUCUUGUAUGCAGUAUUAAGCUAAGUGGAUUGUUGUUAUUUUCAUGAACAUUUACCCAUCAGAAGGAAAUGUGUUUUAGGUUACAGGGUGCCAACUGUGUUUCAUUUUAAACUCCGUAUUCAAGUUGUCAUUCUCAGUGUUGUAAAGUUCUGUUCUGUUUUCCAUGA